AUGUAUUCAUUGCCUUUUGUUUUUCAGGCUGAUCAAUUAACUGAAGAGCAGAUAGCCGAAUUCAAGGAAGCUUUCUCCUUAUUUGACAAAGAUGGCGACGGAACCAUUACGACGAAAGAAUUGGGCACAGUUAUGCGCAGUCUCGGACAAAAUCCCACUGAAGCCGAAUUACAAGAUAUGAUCAAUGAAGUUGAUGCCGAUGGUAAUGGCACAAUCGAUUUUCCGGAGUUUUUAACAAUGAUGGCACGUAAGAUGAAGGAUACGGAUUCGGAAGAAGAAAUUCGUGAAGCAUUCCGUGUAUUUGAUAAAGAUGGAAAUGGAUUUAUAUCUGCAGCUGAGCUUCGUCAUGUUAUGACUAAUUUGGGUGAAAAACUCACUGAUGAAGAAGUUGAUGAAAUGAUUCGAGAGGCAGAUAUUGACGGAGAUGGUCAGGUUAACUACGAAGAAUUCGUAACAAUGAUGACGUCGAAAUAA